CGCUGCCCCGCGGAGGGCGGGGGGAGCGAACUGUUGUGGUGCGGAGCGUUGGGCGGGCGGCGGCCGGGCGGCCCAGGGGCUGCCGCGGGACUCGGGGUGCAGCCGAGUGGCUGCAGGGGUGGGGCGGGCCGGACGCGCCGCGGGGCCCGGGCGCCGCGGGUUCGAGGCCGGGCCCCGCGCCGGGAGGCCGUGCCACGCCGGGGGAGCUGCCCGGCAGCGAGUUUGCCUGGCUGCAGAAAGAAGGCGGGAGCCGGCGGGGGCCCUUCGAACCCCGCUGGCAACCCGGGCCCGGAGUCCCCGGGGAGCGGCUGCUUCCUGGGACGCCCUCCCGGACGUCCCCGCCGAAGGGUAACGGUUCAGGGUCCCCGGCAGAAGCCACCUCCAGGUGACUCCCUGCGGGGCCCUGCGAGCCGCGGGAGUCGACCCCGGGGCCGCGGGCGGAGAAGAAGGGGCUCGGCGGAGACGCGGCGGCGGGGGCCGAAAGAGCCGGAGAGCGGCGGAGCAGAGCCGGGCCUCCCGGGCGCGGAGCAGGGCAGCGCCUCGUCUGGAGACGGACUCUGGGACCCUCGAGUGCGGGGGUCUAGGCGACCUGCCCCGCGGGGAGCGGGGCCGCGGAGUGGCCUACGGGGGACCCUCCCCCAGAGGGGCCGGCCCGGGGCGGGGAGAUGAACGGCUUUAGCACCGAGGAAGACAGCCGCGAAGGGCCCCCCGCUGCUCCCGCCGCCGCCCCGGGCUACGGCCAGAGCUGCUGCCUCAUCGAGGACGGCGAGCGCUGCGUCCGGCCCGCGGGCAACGCCUCCUUCAGCAAGAGGGUCCAGAAGAGCAUCUCGCAGAAGAAACUCAAGCUGGACAUCGACAAGAGCGUAAGGCACCUGUAUAUCUGUGAUUUCCACAAAAACUUCAUCCAGAGCGUACGAAAUAAAAGGAAGAGGAAGACGAGUGACGAUGGUGGAGAUUCUCCUGAGCACGACACUGACAUUCCUGAGGUUGAUCUGUUCCAGCUGCAGGUGAACACUCUCCGACGUUACAAACGACACUACAAAUUGCAGACCAGACCAGGCUUCAAUAAGGCCCAGUUAGCAGAAACUGUCAGCCGACACUUCAGGAACAUACCUGUGAAUGAAAAAGAGACCCUCGCUUACUUCAUCUACAUGGUGAAGAGUAACAAGAGUAGACUGGACCAGAAGUCAGAAGGUGGCAAGCAGCUCGAGUGAGGGUGAAGCCCGUCUCCAAGGAAUGACGUGUAAUGCUUCAUGCACAGGUGAUAUCUGCUACAUUUACGCCCACAAAGACUGUUAAAUUUUAUUGUAAAUAAAAAGUUUGAAUGAUGAAUACUGUAAAUCUUUUCAGUCAGGAGGAUUAUAUUCUCAUGAUUCAGCAUGUUUGUACAAAGACUUUCUUUUAAGACAACUCCUGGACUAAAAACACAAGAUCAGAAAAAGAAUUAAAGGAAAACAAUGCAUUGCCAAAUGCAACAAAGCAUGAAGUCAGUUCUACUGGAAAUGUGGGACGACAGAUAUUUUGGUAGUCACCUUGCAGUUCCGCGCUGCUGCCCAUGAAGGCAGCCCUGGCACAGCAGCGAGGUUCGGCUGACAGUGGAGGUGCCCGAGCAGACCCGGUCUGCUGGGAACUCAGAUGCCCCGCUGUGUCGGGGGUUUUGUUACUUAUCAGCAAAACAGUCUGACCGGUCCCCUCACCGGCCCUGUGCCUUGCACACAGUAGGCACUCAGUCACCACUUGCUGGCUUAUCCAGCUGUCACUAACAGUGCCAGGCUCGUAAUAUCUGCUUCCCACUUCUCGGUAUUGAGACCUCUGCCAUGUCUGUUGCUCACCAUUUAACUUCUAGCAUGUGGAGGAGAUCCUGGUGUACCAGUGGAAGUUUCAGAUCAGACGAGGACUUCAGGGCAAUCUCAUGUGCCAAGCUGUAUUUGUGGAGGUUCCAGAAACACUGAUGCGGACCCGCUCCCAGGAGCCGUGGCCCUUUGUGCACCCCUCCACGCUUCAUUCUUUGGGAUGAAGUUAUGUAUUAUGACCAGCCAUGCUCUUGGGCGAGAAAAGCUUUGAUAAAUGGAAAUACUUAGUUGUUGGGGGCUCAUGUCUUCAGAAGUAACUAAUCCUUAGUUCACAACCAAAAGGAAGCUGCCAAGGACCAGGUGAUUCCUGCUUGAAAGUCCAGCUCUGGGAUAGAAGGUCUGACUAGCCUUGAUUUCCUGAGCCUGGGGGUCAACAGCAAAUCAUGGGCUUAAACAACGAAGGUCAGUGCCAUCUGAUGUUCAUUUCUGUGAGCAAUUUGCCUCCCUCUUUGGGGGAAAGAUUGCUAAAGUUUAUUUUUUUUAAGUAUUAAAAAUUACCUGAUUUUUAUGUUCAAAAACUCAGAUUCCUCUAUCUAAUUAUAUCAAAGCCAAAGUAUUGUUUGAAAACAAAGCUUUAUAUCCAAAAGCAUGCUUUUGCAAAAUUUUCUAAUCAGUAUGUUGGGGGUGGGCAGAAUGUGGACUGGGGUGGGAAGAAAAAAGAAGAAAGGACUUGAAUUCUAGUUCUGACCAUCUUGACAUAUGUUGUGGUCAAAAGUAUCACUUUUUACUCAGUUUUCAUUCUGAGUUCUUUCUUAAGCCUUAAAGAAUAAAAGCAGCAGUGGACAGCCUGGCCUGGCGGAGUUUUAGUGUCUCGCAGAUGGCUCAAUCUUAGCGUCAGCACAGAGAAGUCAGAACGAAACCACGCCCCUGCCCAAGCAGGGCGGUGGGGCGCCCGGGGACUCGGCCUGCGGAGCGUGCGUUCCGCGCACUGGGACCGGGCCGCCGCUCACCGAGCUUUCACCAGUGUUCACGAUGCAUGCUAGCAAACUGCAGCCUUUUAACAUACAUAAAUGAAUGUACAUAGCGCAUACUCUAGGCCAUGGGGGGGGGGGGGCUCUUACUUUCACACACCUGACUGUGGAUGGCUCGUCAGGGUGCUCUCUGCCUGCUUUCCGCCAUUCAGAUUCAAUACGUAUUUAGAGAUUGUCUCAUUACUUACAGCUGAAGGCUGUUGACGUGUAGGAAUCAAGAAGGCUCAAAAGUCUGUGGCUUAUGUAGGUUUUUUUCCUGACAAGCUGAGUUAGAAAGGUUUUGAAGACUUCAAACACGAAACCGCCUUUGUCAAGAGGAGUGUUUUCUCAUCAGGCUGGAGUUCAGGGGCAGAUGGAGUUAAGGUACUGGUAACCUGCUCUCUGGAAAUGUCUCUGUCUUAUUGAGAAAAGAAGCGUAUCUUUCUGAUGUUCAAACCAAAAUUGUGGGUGUGUAGGUCACAUUACUGCUUCUUGAGCAGCCAGUCUGUGUUCCCAGUUGAGAGAGACGGCAGUACGUUUCUGUACAGGAAGUCGUGGUGUCAGGCUCUAUCCGUUCAAGCGUGUCUGUCAGCGUGCUUUUGUGCCCAAGCGAAGCCUGGGGAAACCUCUCACCCUCAGCCAGAUGCCGUGUGCACGCGAGUCCCACACCAUCCUUCCUCUAAAGAGAGGUCCUUUGGAAAAAAGGGGAGUUUGUGGUGUCUUUUCAACCUUUGAUAACACGUCAAGUGAGGGAAAAGACAAAGCUCUCUGAACUUAGGUUUUUCUUGUGUGCAGAAAUCUGUUCUUUCAUCAGACCACUAAGCCACUUGCCUUAGCUCUCCUGCGGUUUCCCAUGGCUUGAUCUGCGGGCAGGAGACUUCUGUCUGUUAGAAAUGGCUGGACCCUCCACAGCAACCGGGUCUGGCUUCGAGGAGCAGUGGGGUUUGGGGAAAGCAGCGCUCGCUCAUCAUGGCUGCCUACAUUUUGAUACCACCUGUCAAGGACCCGCUUCUUUCUCUCCACCUGUAAUGUCGCAACAUUGCCUUCUCUCCUCUUGGUGCUCCUGGGCAAAACUGGAAUGUGAAAGCUGGGACUGGCGUUGUCUUCUUAAAGAGCAGGCCUCUGCCUCGGUUGCAGCCUCGUGUGGUUCUUUCUUAUGCCCUGAAGGUUGUUACAUGGAUUGUCACCAUCCUGCCAUUCACAUUGCUUCGUUUUAAGGCUUUUAAAAAAUGGACAAACUUCUUAUUUCGACGAACGAACUCUUGGCAACAGCAGGUGAAAAACAUUGUAGCUGAAUCCCUUGAAAGAUUGAAACCAAAGGGUUCAAGACCAGUGAUGUAACAGGAAGAGAAAUUGCACUUGCGUGUUAACAGCUGCCAAGUUAGCUGUUCUGUCUUAGCUAGAAAGUCACCGCUUGUCUUCCAGAGAAUAGACAUGCAUAAUUGUUUGCAGCUAAAAUGUUGCAUCUAACCUUGGCGUUUCGGCUGUUUAUUUUGUGGAAACUUUUUUGUUAAUACUCUGCAGGGCAACUGCCUGGUAGAAAGGAGAAAGCGGGAGAGAAGCUUACUCUGGGGCCCGACUGUGCAUCCCAGAGUUGCUGCUGCCCAGAAAUCAUCUGAAGGGUCUGUCGUUACAAUGAGAGGAUCCACGAGGCGGGAAGAGCCUGUAAGUCGUCCAGUCCAGUCUCCCCAUAGGUGCUGACAUUCUGCCUCCAGCCGUCCUGACACGGGUUUGAGUGGUCUGGGCUUAAACACCUCUGAGGACAGAGAACUCACUACCUCCUGGGGAAGCCUGUUCUCUCUUUGUAAACCUCUGGCUUUUCUGUGAUCCCUCUAAUUUCCAUCUCAGUCUCUGCUCAGUGGGGGCCACGAUGAUCAAGAUAGUUGGCCAAGGACCUGGUUGCUGCCACGUCCCAGGGCACAAUGCUUGUCUCUUGGAAAGGAGCCGCUAGUGGUUAGACACCGUGGUGCCCUGACUGUCCUUCCCCCUGAGUACUGGUCCAUUUAGUGCCUUGUUGGAAAUGUUGAGGCAGCUGCAUCAGCCUGGUUAGGCUCUGCUUGCUGAAGCUGAUGGGGGAGGUCAGGGGAGAAGGGAGUGCUAGCAGCCUGCUGAAAACUGCCUUACAGUGGGUGGGGCCUUCAUUUUGUGCUCGCCUCGUAGAAACUACCACUCACAUGGCUCGCUCGGGGGAAGUUUCCGCUGGGAGAUUUUAAAGUGUAACUGUUGCUCUGUGUGAUGGCCGCUGAGGGCUUGCACCUUAAGAUUCAUGGAAGGACUUUCACACACAUUGUUUUUACCGAGAAAACAAAGCUUAGGAACUUGGGGGAACCAUGUGUGUUGGUGUCAGAGAAGUACGCAUUUUCAUGCUGCAGAGUCCUGUAAGUUUGCUGUUGGCCGGUCAUUGAUUUUUAAAGGUGGGGAAACUAAAAUUUCGAGUAGACUUGGCCAAGCCACGUGUCAUCACCUGGACCAGCCUCUUGUCCUUCUGACUUUCCGACUUGCAGCUGGACUGUAAUCCAGCCUGAAGUGAGCUGCCCUCAGAUUCUUGAGACUGUGCAACUGAGCGGAGGUUCCCAAGGCCAACCUGGCUCUCAGGGACUAUAAGCCAACCUGCAGAACUCGAGUGUGUGAAAGGAUUGGGAAGGCAGUCAGGUGAGUUUUGCAAAACAAGUGGGAGUGGAGAACAGAAGUAACCUAUAAUUUAAGACCAAGGUUCAAAAAUUCUGGUGGGAAAUGUAGCGUUGUCCUAGAAUCUAAAUUCUCAUGGAAUGGACUUGCUCUGUGGGUCAGACUUCAGCCUUUCAGGUGGUCCUUUGAGGUUGAGUGAUUCAGGUGGCCCGACUUGGACAAACACAGCUCUGUGGUCCUGCCGUCCACAGCCCCCGUCCCUGUUUCUGAGAGAGGCGGUUGCACUGAAGGGCAGGUGGGCUCAAAAUCAUGCCCUGGGAAGCGUGACGCGUUAGGGGUGCCUUUGUCUUCCUUUUGUUUGAUUAUAGACUGUUUCCAAGUUUGUGGUUAGGAAGGGUGGAGUUGAUCUGAUGUUUUUAGGUGGAAUCCAGCCUGGGGCAAGGUGGGACCUUUUCUUAGGGUAGAAAUGUCUACACUCAGUUAUUUCACCAAGCUUGCAUUUUCAAACACUAACCCUUCUGUUGCUUUCACUUAAUGAACCCAUCUUUGCCAAUGACAGGGUCAUGCGGGAUCCGUCUGUAUUCUGUUAUGCCCAUUAGAGUGUUUUGGGGUGCAGAUUGUUUUUUUUUUUUCCAUUUUGUAACUGCCUUAUUGAAAAGCAAGUGCCCUUCCAUUUCAGGCCUCCUCAUACUGUACGUGUUUCCUUCCAGAUCUGGGGGAUCAUUUAUAUUUUAAUUCUGUAAUCUACGGCUCUGUACUGUUGACAGGCUCUCAAUUCUGUGGGGUCUCCUUAGUAUGUACGUGACUUUUCAUGUUGCAAUAUCACAGAUGGGACGGCCCGACUUUCGCUCUUAAUAAACGAUCUGAAUGAGAAAUGA